AUGCUGUGGACGAAUCCUCCUGAUCCGCCGGGCGGCGUCCCCUACUGGAAAUGCAGCAAUUGUGAUUGGGGAGAUUGCCAGGAUUGUAUGAUCAUAGAUUCUGCACUUCUUUGUGCUCUGAUGGAUAUAGAGUAUGAAGAGUAUCGCUCGUCCUCCCACGCGCUUCCGGAGGCCAUUGAUGAUACCCAGGCGCAUGUCUCCGAAACCGACAACAUCAUUUCUGCCAGUAUUAAAGCUGCCAAAAUAGUUGUCGCACACUUCGAUGGUACUAUGCAGUCGCCUGACGGGGUUUGGCAAGACAGUGGUACAAUGUCACCAAGAGCGGCAACUUGUGGGACAGUUCGACGAAGGUUCGAGCCCGGGUGGACUAGCAGGCAGUUGUUGUUUCCUGGAAUUACAGUGGAUGAUCCCUGCCUUCUUGACAAGGCUGACCCACCAUUCUACGAUUUCGGAAGCUCUUCCAGGCCCAUCUUCGACGAAGCCGAGGCUAUCAAGUCUGGGGGGACAUCGCAAGUAUCUCGAGUCAGAGUCUGCCUACAACGUACGCGUGGCUAUGGAGGUGAAGGGAGAGGAGAGGCUACCUUCGCUGUAAAGAAGAUAGACAGUGGAACAUAUCAGGACUACGCACGCGAGCGAGACGCUUAUCGAAGGCUGACUUUUGUGCACGAUCCUCAUCCUCACAUUGUCCGUCUUCUCGCCUCUUACCGGAUGGAAAGCAGGUACCACCUCGUCUUCCCAUCGGCUGAUUGCGAUCUCGCUAUGUAUUGGCGAAAUCAUCCCAGACCAUCGGACGACAAACGUACCGUUGAGUGGCUUGGAGGUCAGAUGAGAGGGCUCGCAGAUGCCUUGUCUACUGUUCAUGGGCAAAAUGGAGUUCAUGGCGAUAUCAAACCAGAGAAUAUUCUUUGCUUUGGUUCCGACAACAGACAGACGGUAUUAGCUCUAACGGACUUUGGGUCUUCAUACUUCCUCGCACCCGAAGAGAAACAGUUCCCCAAGGGCCUCAAACAUACACCAGUCUACCGCGCUCCCGAAAUCGACACCCACAAGAGUAUUACACAGGCCUAUGACAUCUGGAGCCUCGGCUGUGUAUUUGCGGAAGCCAUCGUCUGGUUUUAUGACGGAAAAGCCGGAAUUGCGAAGCUGAUCCGAGCUCGGCUCGAUGAAGAAGACGGCAGCCCUAAUCGAGAUGCCUUCUUCUGGCUGAAGCAAGAUGAUCGAUUGGGCCUCACGGCGAAACUCAAGCCUGAGGUGCAAAGACUGCUCGUAUCCCUUCGUGAGAACUCUCGGUCGUCCUUCUUCAUUGAUGACAUGCUCUAUAUCGUUCUGGAAGGGAUGCUCCAAGUUGACAUGAGCAAGAGAAUGUCGGCUCGGGAGAUCCUUGACGCCUUGACGCAAAUGUGCAGCAAGUUGGAAAAUGAUCCAACUUAUUCUGAAUUUCGAAAUAGUGAUACGAAAAUGGUCCACACGAAUCAGAAUGCCAGGCAGCGGCUCGAUAGAACGGUCGACGCGACUUAUUAUACCAACACCACGACUCAAAGCCUUAGUGACGCUGCGACCCAAAUUGGCUUGAAGCUUCGUUUUGCCUGCCCUUUUCACAAGGCAGGCAUCUUGGUCUCGGUCCACCACCGAGCUUGCGAAGGUCCGGGAUGGAUUGAUGUAAACAAAGUCAAGGAACAUCUCUUCCGCUGCCAUCUUCCAAAGAAAUACCGAGGCAAGCAUAUCUGCCGCCGCUGCGACACCAGUUUCGAAACAGACGAGCUCCUUCUAGCUCAUCAGCAUCAAGAGACGCCAUGCCCCAAAAGGAAGCCGGAGGCAAUUCAUGGUAUGUUGAGUAGAGAACAGGCUGCUCGACUCCGUUCCCUCAAGAGGAAGUCAUCGAAAGAAAGUGAGGAGGACCGAUGGUUCGAUAUCCACCGGAUCGUAUUUCCGAACUUCAAUCGCAUGCUGGAGAACAUCUCGCCAUAUCACGAGUCAAACACCACCUCCCUGAGUACGGUCAACUCGACAAGCUCGAACGGAAUAUCUCAGUACAAAGACUAUCUCCGCAAUCGCGAUGCUGAAGAGUAUGCUGCCAAAUUAGCGGAGAAUGGGAUCACCAUCACAGUCAACGCAGCUUCCAAACUUCUCGAGCUGCAGGUCAAGGAACUUGGGACCUUUGACGAGACUGUGCGAGGUCCUGUUAGCGCCUACGGCAUUCCAACUGUUGCAGGUCACGAGAAGACCGGAGAAAGUGCUCCCUCCAACCUCAAUGGUUCGUCUGAUUUUAUGGACCGUUUCCAGCUUCUGGCGGGCUUUGAGGGCGACAAGGACCUUUGA